AUGGCGGAGGCUGCAGCUGCAGCUACCGGUCAGCCCCAGGCGGCGGCCAACACCAAGUAUUACAUGAAGAACGCUGUGUUCUCCAUGAUCUCGCUGUAUCUAGCGCACCAGUUCGCCGGCUACAUCUCCAAUCGCGAAGACCCCAUCGCUUGCGACCUGCACGUGAACGACCACUCGUGGUUCGGUGAGAGGCGCUACGAGUCGCUGCGGUUCUUCGACCCCAAGAAGACUCACCACGAGACGCAGUACGUGGCCAUGCGUGACGGUGUCGACCUGGCGGUGGACUCGUAUCUGGCCGACUACCUCUGGGAAAAGCAGCAACAGGUGCCCACUGUGCUCUUCCCCACACGUCACGGCCGUGGCUACACGCUCGACUUCCCCUUCAACAUGUUCGCACGGUACGAGCGUAAGUUCACCAACCCACGCGUCAACGCGUACGUGCAACGCUUCGUCACGAACGGAUACGCUUGGGUCUCGGUGGAUGUGCGCGGUACUGGCGCCUCGGCCGGCACGAAGGCGUUCGACUUUGCCGACGCUGAAGUGCAAGACGCUUACGACGUCAUCGAGUGGAUCACCAAGCAGCCGUGGAGUAACGGAGACGUCGCUGUCUUCGGCCAGGGACUGGACGGAGUCGGUGCUCUCCUUGCAGCUGCUAGUGGCCAUCCCGCGCUCAAGGCGGUCUCGGUGAACAGUGCGCCUGUCGAUGUCUUCCAGGACGCGCUGUUCCCUGGAGGCGUAAAGAACGACAAGGCUCUGAGCGACUGGGCGUCGUUCACAGGCGCCACCGAUCGGCAGAUUCGCUGGAACAACAUCCCCACGUUUAAACCCCGUCUUAUGCUCAAACAUUUCGGUGGUGAAGUCUACCGUGUGGACGAGGAUGACGCGAAGUUCGAUAAUUACAUUUAUCAGCACUCGAAGAACCCGGAUCUGGCCAAAGAACUUAAAGACGUGCACUUCCGUGAUGAUAAACUGGCUUCCGUUGGGGUAACAGCAGAGCAACUGGAUGCCAUCCGCCAUCUCGGUGCAAUUGCCGCCUCUGGCGUCGCCUUGCAGACAUCCGCUGGCUUCUUUGACAUGGGCGUGGCUCGCUCUAGUAUCCUACUGUUUCAAUACCUGACCAACACUCUGGAUGCCGACACGGCUUCGUUGCUACCGAAGCUGCCGAAGGAGGCGCUGGAAGCCAUUGAGAAGGACGCCGCACACCACCGACUCACACUUGGACCUUGGAGUCACGCGGGUGUGGACAACGCCGAUCCGUUCGCUCAGUCCAAGCAGAAAUGUUUCUACCACUUGGACGAAGUGAGUCGCUUCUUCGACCACCACAUGUAUACUAACCGUCGUAAGAUCACUAAGAUCGAGGACGAACUACCUGUGCACUACUUCACUAUGGCGCACAACCGCUGGAAGGAGGCGAGUUCGUGGCCACCGUCGUAUCUCAGUGACGAGACGUUCUACCUUGGCGCCAACAACGAGUUCCAGCCCUCACCAGAGAGUGAAACGCGCACACUGAGUCACAAUGUCACGGUGAAGCCAACACUGGGCGCAGUGUCGCGCUGGAACAUGCUGGACCACCUCUUCGGUCUGCGUCCCAUGUACUACCACGACCGCACGCCUCUGGCGGACCACUACGCUACGUUUCUCACCCCUGAGUUGCCUCUAACGGAGAUCACGGGCGAAGCGGAACUGCGUCUCUUCUUCUCAGUAGACCAGCCCGACGUGAACCUUGUGGCGUAUCUGGAAGAUGUGGACUACACCGCUCCGUUCCCGAACGAGAACAAGCGUCCAGGCGUCACGUACAUCACUGAGGCCUUGCUGAACCCUGUACACAAGACUAUCCGCCCAGACUCGAGUGUGCACUCGUUCAAGCGCGCAGACUCGCGUAAGAUCGUGCCUGGUCAAGUAUACGAGGCUGUUUUCCGCUUCCAGCCGACCUCGUACGUUGUGAAACGCGACCACCAGCUCCGCGUGUCUGUGGGUGUUGCCAGUCCGCCGGAUUUCGGUCCGGCUGGCGAGAAGGAGGCCACAGAGCUUACUAUCCACUUCGGAGGCGCCUACCCUACCAAGCUUACUCUUCCGUCGUAUACAGGUGUAUACAAUGCCAAUGUGGUACCUCGCGCUGAAGUGGUGGACGACCUGGAGUUAAUCCCGACGGAAUCUACUGAGAAACCCUCGGAUCAGGACGAAGUGGACGAGUUCGCUGAGGUCAAGGACGAAUUGUAG